AUGGAAGAAAUCCUUUUGCUGUUUUUUAGACACAGGAGGGCACCGAGAGUGUUGUGCUGGAUGAAGGAAAAGGGGCCGAAGAGCCGGAACAAGAACAAGUUUUCAGGACUUGGGAAAAUUCGUGUCCCUGGUCAUCUCAAUUACCGCGAAAUCAUUCGGCGUUUCGAGCGCCAAAGCACAUUCCAUGGCAUAUCGCAUGCUGCUCUUGCACCGAACACCAAAUGGCGCAUCAUUUGGUAUACCGCAUUCACAAUCUGCUUCUGCGCUCUAAUCAUUCAGAUUAUUCUACUCAUCCGACGAUAUCGCCUCUAUGCUAAAACUGUUGAUCUUGAUCUCAAAUUUGAAAACGCUCCAUUUCCUUCUGUUACACUAUGUAAUUUAAAUCCAUAUAAAGCUUCGAUGAUCGCUAAAGAAGGACGAACGAAAGCAACGAUGGAUGCUUUCUCAAGUAUCGUUCAAAGUGGUGUCGAAUCAUACGGUAUUUCGGCUGCUAUUGAAGCUGCUCGCAAGGAGGGUAAUAAACCGCGAAGAUUACGCGCCGUGCCCACGAAUAUAACUAUCAAUCGUCGAUAUCAUCAAGCAUCAGCUCAGUGCUUAUGCGAACUGAAUUCGCUAACAGGCGAACGGGUAUGCAAAGAAUGCUCCAAAGAUCUUGGCCAUUGCCCGAUGAGGUUUUUCGAUGAAAGCGCUAGCACAGAAGACGGAAAGUCACAACGCAAGCAAGUGUGUCUCUGUCACCGCGAGUACAACCACUGUAUUGCAAACAACGACUAUGGCUAUAUCCUAGAAAUCGAACCAAAAACGGACAUUUCGGCGCUCGAUAUUCUUGAUUUUCCGAGCAAAGCUGCAGUUUCUCGAACAACCACCACUAGUACAACGCCACCGCCCGAACUCAGACAAGCUCUCGGAUUUGAGGCAUUUUUUUUGCUGAUAACUAAAAGAGAUGGAUUAACCGAUGAGAUUGCAAUCAAAGAGCAAGCUAAAGAAAAUCUAAUGUUUGCGGUUGGUGAAAUGAACGAUACGGAGAAGGUGCAGAUGUCACAGCAAAAGCAUGAACUCAUUUUCAAAUGCUCAUUCAAUCAGAAGGACUGCGACAUCGAGAAUGAUUUUAAGCUGCAUUACGAUCAAACGUAUGGUAACUGCUAUACAUUCAACUGGAAUACAACUAGACAAGUAACGGCUCAUCGGGCUGGUGCCAAUUUUGGUUUACGAGUGCUGCUUUACGCCGAUGUAUCCGAAUAUUUGCCAACAUCCGAAUCAGUGGGCUUUCGUAUUACUGUUCACGAUCAAUGGACUGUACCAUUUCCAGAUGCAUUCGGGUACAAUGCACCAACUGGUUUUCUGUCUUCUUUUGGAGUACGCAUGAAAAAAUUCAAGCGCAUUCCGGCACCUCAUGGUCAAUGCUUGGAAGAUAAUGAUCGGAACCACAAUUUCAUCUACCAUGGCUUCAAUUAUUCCGUUGAGAUCCGACAUAUCCAACACCGAAUGGAAGCAUACCGUGCAAACGAUCCGGUUGCACGAGAAUGCAUCAAGAAUGCUUCGCAAUAUCUCAGCCAUCUGAUUGCCGAGGGAAAACUUGAGCAUUGUGUCUGCCAUCAACCGUGCUCAGAAGUAAACUACGAAGUAACGUACAGUGCAGCACGAUGGCCUUCCGGCACAACUAAAGUUAUGGAGUGCGAUGCUGUUGAUGAUCUUUGUAUGGAACGAUAUCGUAAAAAUGCGGCAAUGAUUCAAAUUUUCUAUGAGGAAUUGAAUUACGAAACGAUGACCGAAACACCUGCCUAUACUAUAACAAGCGCAUUGGCUGAUCUUGGCGGUCUUACAGGCCUCUGGAUUGGUGCAUCAGUUGUUAGUUUACUGGAAAUCGCUGCACUUAUUGUAUAUACUGUACAAGCUUACGUGAGGAAACGCAAGAAAUCCACAAAACUUCCCUCUUUUCUAGAUGAAAUACAGCCGGAGCCAAUGAAGGAAGAGGAAGCUGAAGAAGACGAAGAUGAAGAAGAAAAAGAUGAGGAAAAAGACGAAGCAGUAUCACUGGUACCUAAGAAAUCAAUCUAUCUUCCGCCCGGUGCCGAACUGCCCUGUGAAUGUAUCUUUAAAAACGGGAAACUACAUGUUAGUUGA